UUCCACUGUUCAAAUGAACAUUCUUCAUCCUCUCUCUCGGGCCCAGUCAUCCCCCUCUCCCCUGUAUGGGUGGAGCCCUGUCCCGUGGAACUGGGACCCCGGGCUGCCGGGGCCCAUGUUACUCGCUGGCCCAGGGCAAGCUCCUUUCCAGGCAGGAGCUAAACCAGCUUCCUUCGUAGAGCUUGGUAGCGAGACUGGUUAUUCAGGAUUUUCAGUUCAGAGCGUUGAAGAAGGUCCGAAUAUUUGAUGCUCCUGAGGAACUCCCUAAAGAGCGUUCCAGUCUCCUUGCCAUCUCGAACAAAUAUGGGCUAGUCUUUGCUGGUGGAGCAACUGGCCUGCAGAUCUUUCUCACUAAAGAUCUUCUCAUGCAGAAUCAAGCAGGAGAAGAUCGCAAUAAAAUUGUUGAAAAUGUUCCAAGUAUAUUGGUUCCUAUGAAGUUUCCUGUGCAUCACCUGGCUCUGAGCUGUGAUAACCUCACACUGUCUGUCUGCAUGACAUCCAGUGAGUUUGGUUCCUUCAUUGGCUUUUUUGAUGUCCGCACGUUCUCAAAUCAGGCUAAACAGCAGAAACGUCCAUUUGCUUAUCAUAAACUGGCCAAAGACUCAGGCAGCAUGGCAAUGGUCUGUGAUCUGAAGUGGAACCCUGCCAGCCCCUCCAUGGUCGCUGUCUGUCUGUCCGAUGGUAGCAUCUCUGUCCUGCAGGUCACAGAGUCUGUGAAAGUGUAUGCCACUCUUCCCUCCUCGGUGGCUGUUACGUCAGUGUGCUGGAGCCCCAAGGGAAAGCAACUGGCUGUAGGGAAACAAAAUGGCACUGUGGUCCAGUAUCUGCCUACCCUGCAGGAGAAAAAAGUAAUUCCCUGUCCUCCGUUUUAUGACUCAGAUAAUCCUGUUAAAGUCCUGGAUGUGCUUUGGGUUGGCACCUAUGUCUUCACUAUAGUUUACGCAGCUGCUGAUGGGACCUUGGAAACAUCCCCAGAGGUGGUGAUAGCUGUAUUGCCUAAAAAGGAAGAGAAACGACCAGAGAAGUUUGUGAAUUUCAUGGAGCCUUGCUAUGGUAGCUGCACCGAGAGACAGCAUCAUUACUUUCUCAACUAUGUUGAGGAGUGGGAUCUAGUCCUGGCAGCUUCAGCAGCUUCCACAGAAGUCAGCAUUCUCUCUAGACAAGCGGACCAGAACAACUGGGAAUCAUGGGUUCUGGAAGAUUCCAGCAGAGCAGAACUUCCUGUGACAGAUAAGAAUGAUGACACCUUACCAGUAGGUGUUGCCAUAGAUUACACCAGUAACAUGCCAAUACCUAUCAGUGAUGAGAAGACCCUCCCUCCAGCUCCAGUUCUAAUAUUGCUCUCUACGGAUGGAGUGCUAUGCCCAUUUUAUAUGAUCAAUCAAAACCCAGGUGUCCGAUCGCUCAUAGUGACCCCAGAGCAACUGUCAAUAGAAGGGGAGAGAGCACCAAAAUCAGCAGGAAGUGCUGCCACAACCCCGACCACACCUCCUGCUCCUUCAAAGUUUGAAACUUCACCAGUUGUCACUCCUGCCUCAGCUCCACCUCUUGCUCCUGCAUCUUCAGCCUCUAGUCUGCUUUCUGCUGGUGGUGGAGCAGCCACUUUUUCCUUUACAUCUUCAGCUGUAAAGACGUCUGGCUCUAUGUCUGGAGACCCCCCACCAUAUCCCUUUGCAUCAGAUGUCUCCAAGCAAGCUCUGGGUUCCAGUCUAACUGGAGCAGCUGCAUUCUCUUUCUCUUCUGUUUCUUCCAAAGCUUCAAUGGCUCCUUCCCCCGCUGCAGGCCCCAUGGCAGCUACUGCCAACUCCUUUUCUUUUGGAUCUACAAAUUUUAAACCAACUACAGACAGCGCAUCUGUGCCACCACUGUCUACCACACCCGCCGGACUGAAACCAUGUUUCACCCCUACAGCAUCUACUGUCAAAGUAAACCUAAGUGAGAAGUUCACUGCCAUAGACACGUCUGCUUCUGCUGGCAGCAGCAGUCACAACAGCUCCACGAUGUUUUCAUUCUCCACUACCUCCAAACCUAUUCCUGGAGGGCCCCUAAGCCAGUCCACACCCCUCUCUGCCUCACCUGCCACCCCAAUGAAGGCAUCCACCCCUGUGUCUGCAACAAUGGCGCGGCCUGCUCAGAAUGUGCCUGCAGCAUCUAAUCUACUGAAGACAGCCAGAAUCACCCCGCCUGCAACAAAAUCAGUCUCCAUUCAGGGAAAGUCAGCAUUGUCCAGCACUGGGUUAGAGAAACAGGUCCAUCAGUGGAAGGAUUCGGACCCUGUCAUAGCAGGAAUCAAAGAGGAGAUUGCACAUUUCCAAAAGGAGAUGGAAGAGCUGAAAGCCAGAACUUCUAAUGCCUGUUUCCAAGUUGGCUCUGCCGAGGAGAUGAAGAAGCUGCGGACAGAGUCUCAUGACCUUCAGACCUUUCUCUUGGAGAUUAAAGAGACAACAGAGUCCCUUCAUGGAGAUAUCAGCAUUCUGAAGACAACCCUGCUGGAGGGCUUUGCUGGGGUGGAAGAUGCUAGAGAACAAAACGAGAGAAAUCAUAACUUGGGAUAUUUACAUCUGCUGUAUAAGAAACCAUUGGACCCCAAAAGUGAAGCACAGCUUCAGGAAAUUAGACGCUUACACCAGUAUGUGAAGUUUGCUGUUCAAGACGUGAAUGAUGUUCUGGAUUUGGAGUGGGACCGGCAUCUGGAACAGAAAAAAACCCAAAAGCGCCUGAUUGUUCCUGAGCGAGAGACUUUGUUUAACACACUUGCUAAUAAUCGUGAAAUAAUUAAUCAGCAGAGGAAGAGGCUGAAUCACUUGGUGGACAGCCUGCAGCAGCUCCGCUUAUAUAAUCAGACUUCUCAAUGGAGUAUGCCUAGUGACACGUCUUCUCUUAGCAGUUCUCAAAGCUUUGACAGUGACCUUGAGAGCCUGCGCAGUGCCUUGGUGAAAACUACCUUGGAAUCGUAUGCCAAGCCCCUGCCGAAAGCACCUGCUAAAUUGUCCCCAGUUAAACAGGCACAGCUGAGGAAUUUCCUAGCCAAGAGGAAGACUCCACCUGUGAGAUCCACUGCUCCAGCCAGUCUCUCCCGAUCAGCCUUCUUGUCUCUGAGGUAUUAUGAAGAUUUGGAUGAAGUCAGUUCAACAUCCUCCAUUUCCCAGUCGCUGGAGAAUGACGAUUCACAGGUCGUAGAGCAGGAAGAGGAAGCUGCUCCAGUCCAAGUCCCCCGACAUGCUCCUGUAGUCCGUACUCCCUCUAUUCAGCCUGGUCUAAUGGCACAGUCUCCACCAUUUGGUAAACCUCAUCUCACAAUGGGCACUUUAAUGCCUACGUCUUCAAGCAGAAUCGUUCCACACGGGGCAGAUAGCACAAUGCUUGCAACAAAGACUGUGAAACAUGGGGCCCCUGCUCCCACUGUCACCGUCCCAGCACCACAAGCAGCUGCUGCAGCAGCAUUGAGAAGACAGAUGGCUAGCCAGACUCCAGCAGUCAGCACCUCCUUGACUGAAUCAACUCUAAAGAACGUCCCUCAGGUGGUGAACGUGCGAGAACUGAAGAACAAUGCCUCAGCCCCUGCUGUUUCUGCGGUAAUAGGAUCUUCCGUACCUCAGUCUGCAGCCCAAGCAGUCCACCAAGUUUUGGCUACAGUUGCUACAAAUCAAGCCAAGCAGGGGUCUCUAACCAGCUCACUUAAGGCACAGUCUUCACCUGUAUCUGCAUCCAUACCAUGUACCAUCACUACUACAGCUGGUCAAAUAUCAGCUGGCAACAAAAUCUCAGGGCAAGGGACAGCAAAAGCAGUUGCAGCUGUGACCUCUCCUACAGUGACUUCAACUCCAGUGGCUUCUGCACAGUUUAACCAGACAUUUUCAUUCUCUUCAUUGGGGACUGGGUUUAAUUUUGGUGCAGCCACGUCCACUGCAUCAACACCACCCAGCCUUUCUGCCUCACAAGCAGUGACAGCCCCUGCUAAAGAGUCAAGUCAGCCUGACGCAUUUUCACUUGGUGGGGGUACUAAAUUUGGAACAGUUCCUGAGAGCUCAUUUACCUUUGGGUCCGUCAAGCCAGCCAACGUUUCAGGAGUCUCCAUGACGAGUGGCUCUUCUGUAGAUGCCACCCAGACGAACAGCAAACCUGCCCUGACUGCCACUCCUGUUCCCUCCACAACCUCUGGCAAACUGGAAGUCCUUCCAUCAAAGCCAGGAGAUAAUUUAUUUCAGAGUAAUAUGGCUGGGGAAACUCUUGGGAGCUUCUCAGGAUUAAGGGUUGGUCAAGCAGAUGAUAACACCAAAGUCAAUGUUAAAGCUCCAUCUACCAACAUUGCUGGUGGACAGCCAACUAAAACAUCCACAAUACCUUCUGGAUUUACCUUUAACAGCCCUCUGCAGUUAGGGAAACCCGUGGAAGCCACUUCAACAUUAGUCAUGGCCACCAGUACAGCAUCCACAUCAGUCAGCACAAAUACCACAGGCAGCAUAUUUGGCAAUGUCCAGUUAACCAGCACAGGGUCUUCUGGGGUAUUUAGUCUUGGAGGAUCUUCAGGUGGCGGCAAGCCUGCUUUUUCAUUUGGCCUUCCACAAGCAAACAGUAUCACAACAUCCACCUCUGUACCUGCAACUCUCCCCACUUCAGCAUCCCUGUCAUUUGGAAGUCUUUUGAGUUCAGCGCCAACUGCUGUAUCCCCAGCAGCUUCUAGUAAUGGUGCAGGGGAUGUCAAGCUACCACCUUUAUCUGAAAAGCCACCUGAAGAUGAAGUACUAACAACUGCGUCUGCCCCUCUAACUUCUCAGCCACAAAUACCCCAACCACAAUUACAGCUGUCCGAUUCUGUUAAAGACGAACCUGCUUUAUCUCCGUCUAUAGCAGGAGAUGCAGAUGUUACAGGUCCUAGCACCUCCUUGACUCCUUCCACAGAUACAAUCUCUACAGCUACCUGUGCUACUGAGUCUAAGGCAGAGACAGUUCCUCCAGUCUCUGCCUCUGCCCCACUGGACCAGAACAUUUCAGUGACCACAGCUGCAGCAGAUGUUGUCAUCGCCCCUUCUGCAGAAAUUACAAGCCCGUUGGCUACCACCACAGAUAUUGAUACAUCAGUUCAAAGCCCAGCUGUAGGUACUUCUGUAUUUGGGACUGUUUCUUCAAGUUCCUCAGUGUUCUCUCAGCCUCCAAAUUCCAGUUCUUCUUCGGCCUUUAGUCAGCCUGCUGGUGACACCACCACCACCACCCCUUCCACUCCUGUUUUUGGACAGCUAACAGCCGCUACCACAGCAUCUUCUCCAUUUGGUCAACACACCGGCAGCACUGUCUCCACCACUGCGGCUACUACUCAGGUAGCUGGCUCAGGGUUUGGCACGUCUGCUUUUGGCACAGCAGCUGCGGGUGGCUUUGGUCAACCAGCAUUUGGGCAAGCACCAGCCUUUGGACAGCCAGCAAGCAGUUCUUCAAGUGGUUUUACCUUCACUCAAACUGGGUUUGGGACAAUGCCUGUUUUUGGCCAGCCGUCUUCCUCCACUGCAACUUCAAGCGGUGGGAAUGUCUUUGGAGCACCAUCUAGCACCAACAGUCAGAGUUCUUUUUCUUUCGGCCAGCCAUCUGCCAGCACUGGUGGUGGACUAUUCGGGCAAAGCAGUGCUCCGGUUUUUGGGCAGAGUGCUGGCUUUGGACAGGGUGGAUCAGUAUUUGGGAACAACGCUACUGCCACCACCACUACAUCAUCAUCUGGAUUCAGCUUCUGUCAAGCUUCAGGUUUUGGUUCCAGCAACACAGGUUCCGUGUUUGGACAGGCAGCCAACACUGGGGGCGCUGUCUUUGGCCAGCCAUCAUCCAGUUCCAGUGGGAGUUUGUUUGGGUCUGGAAGUGGUGGAAGAAGUGGAGGUUUCUUCAGUGGCCUCGGAGGAAAGCCAAGCCAGGAGGCCGCCAAUAAAAACCCCUUCAGUUCUGCCACUGGAGCGUUUGGAUCUGCAGCUUCCCAGAAUACCUCUAGCUUAUUUGGAAACAAUGGGGCCAAGACCUUUCGAUUUGGCAACUCAUCUUAUGGAGAGCAGAAACCUACAGGCACUUUCAGUUCUGGAGGCGGGACCGUGGCCGCUCAAGGCUUUGGGUUCUCUAGUCCAACCAAAGCAGGUGGCUUCGGUGCUGCUCCAGUGUUUGGCAGCCCUCCCACUUUUGGGGGGUCCCCUGGGUUUGGAGGGGUGCCAGCAUUCGGUUCAGCCCCAGCCUUUACAAGCCCUCUGGGCUCGACGGGAGGCAAAGUGUUCGGCGAGGGUACAGCUGCAGCCAACACCGGAGGAUUUGGUUUUGGUGGCACCAGUAACAAUACUGCAUCAUUUGGCACCCUGGCAAAUCAAAAUGCUCCUACAUUCGGGUCGCUGUCCCAGCAGACUACUGGUUUUGGCACACAAAGCAGUGGAUUUUCUGGCUUUGGGUCAAGUGGAGGAGGCUUUGGCUUUGGAUCAUCUAACUCAUCCACCUCUGGGUUUAGUGGUUGGAGAAGCUGAGAGGGGAUGUUCAUGAGCCCCUUCCACCCACGCUGUCGUCAGCCAAGUUAGAGCUGCUCCGUUUGUGAAUCCUCUUCACGCUCAAGCAUCAGAUCAUCUUUCCUUUGAAAUAUCAAUUCUACUUCCUUUUUUAAAAACCCUUAAUGCUGAUUUUUAUGCAAUACUUGUUCUUGCUCUUUAAUAAACUGUUUUAUCUGCUUCA